AGAAUCUUUCCGUCAGAAUGGAUGGGCGAAGAAGAGAUGUUUCCAGGCACACUCCAACUCGACUUACAGCCGAAGACCUUCCUCCAAUUCAAGUCGUCGUUUACAGAGGAGCGAAGGCAAUCGUUCAAAAAUUCCCAAUAACGACGUUCCUGUACAUCCUCGGGCUUUGCCUUAUGCUUUUUGCGACUGGAAUGAUGCCCUCUGAAGGUGCCAACGAGGAAUAUUCCCGCUUGUUGCAGGAAGCACAGUAUGAGACCUCGAUGGUGGACCAGCUCGAACGCAAGGUUGCUGCUCAUAGCCGGAAGUAUCACGAAAGCAGGGGCUUCCUGGGAUUCUCUUGCGACAGCUCCUGCAUGCGAGCCUAUGAUAACUUGCAGAAGCUUCAGAAGGAGCUGAAAGAGGCGAAGAGCCAGCAGUUCCAGGCUCUGUCCGAGGCCAAGUCCAAAGUCGGAAUCUUGAGUUUGUAUGCAGUCGAAGAGGCACGUGAGCUGUUCUGGGGAACGUUCGCUCAAGGGAAGGGUUUUGCUAAGCGAGCCAGCAUGUGGGACCUGCUCUUCAUGGGCUUGGGUUCAAUGGGACGGGACGAGGGCCUCGCGUCAUUCAUCCUCCGCUUCGUGAUACAAGUUCUCUUCAACUUCACACUGGGACUAGUCGGGGCAUUGCUGGCGUUUAUCUGGUACUUGUGGGAUGUGGUCAGGAGCUACCAACCUGAUCCCGUGACUGCUGUCGUCUCCUUCCUUCUCUUCUCCAUCGCUGCCAUCUCCAUGGUGGCGACCUACUUGAUCGCCCUCUACGGGUCCGUGGCAGCAAGUGGGUACAUGAUUGUCAGGACUGCCGUCCUGGGCAUCGAGAACGGAAACUCCAGAAGUGGUCCUCGGGCUCAUAUUGGAGGAGGAUCCACAGGAGGAGACGACAUCUACGUGGGCAAAAGAGUGCGGGUGGUGGGCCUGGCUGCACGCCCCGAAUACAACGGAAGGCUUGGGAUGGUAACGGGACAGGAAGGAGAUAGAAUUUUGGUCCAGCUAGACUUCCCAAGUGAGAUUCUCCUCAAACUCAAACCUUCAAACAUCGACGCUCACGUCGACUGAUCCUUCGACACUGGCGUAAUAAAGACUUUAUAACAU